AUGGGCAGGGGACUGGAAAUCCCCCAGGACCGAGACACCACUGUGCUGGAACAUUCUCUCACCUCCUCAGUCCCCCAGGACCGAGACACCACUGUGCUGGAACAUUCUCUCACCUCCUCAGUCCCCCAGGACCGAGACACCACUGUGCUGGAACAUUCUCUCACCUCCUCAGUCCCCCAGGAACGAGACACCACUGUGCUGGAACAUUCUCUCACCUCCUCAGUCCCCCAGGAACGAGACACCACUGUGCUGGAACAUUCUCUCACCUCCUCAGUCCCCCAGGACCGAGACACCACUGUGCUGGAACAUUCUCUCACCUCCUCAGUCCCCCAGGACCGAGACACCACUGUGCUGGAACAUUCUCUCACCUCCUCAGUCCCCCAGGACCGAGACACCACUGUGCUGGAACAUUCUCUCACCUCCUCAGUCCCCCAGGACCGAGACACCACUGUGCUGGAACAUUCUCUCACCUCUUCAGUCCCCCAGGACCGAGACACCACUGUGCUGGAACAUUCUCUCACCUCCUCAGUCCCCCAGGACCGAGACACCACUGUGCUGGAACAUUCUCUCACCUCUUCAGUCCCCCAGGACCGAGACACCACUUUUGACUCCGAAGGGGACUACGCUGGUUUCCCUGGCUGUGGUCUGCUCCGUUUACACAGCACCUACCGCCACGACCUCAAGAUCUACGCCUCAGACGAAGGCCGUGUUCAGAUGACCGCUGCCGCUUUUGCCAAGGGUCUGCUGGCUCUGGAGGGAGAGUUGACACCCAUCCUGGUGCAGAUGGUGAAGAGUGCCAACAUGAACGGCAUGCUGGACAGCGACAGUGAGUCUCUGACCGACUGCCAGCAGAGGGUGAAGGUACGGCUCCAUGAGAUCAUGCAGAAAGACCAGGACUUCACUGAGGACGACUACCAAAAGCUGGCCCCUACAGGCAGCCCCUCCCUGGUCACCUCUAUGAAGACCAUAGGGAACCCAGUGAGGACGUGUGACCAGGUCUACGCCCUCAUCCAGAGCCUCACCUCUCAGAUCCGCAGGAGGCUGGAGGACCCCAAAUCUGCAGAUCUGCAGCUGUACCACAGCGAGACCCUGGAGCUGAUGCUGCAACGCUGGUCCAAGCUGGAAAGGGACUUCCGGAAUAAGAGCGGCCGCUACGACAUCAGUAAGAUCCCAGACAUCUACGACUGUGUGAAGUACGACACACAGCACAACGCCACGCUGGACCUAGAGGACACACUGGAGCUGUUCAGGCUGUCCCGUGCCCUGGCCGACAUCGUCAUACCUCAGGAGUAUGGCAUCAAUAAGGCAGAGAAGAUGGACAUUGCCCAGGCCUACUGCCUGCCCCUGAUGAAGAAGAUUCAGCUGGACCUGCAGAGGACCCACGAGGACGAGGCCGUCAAUAAGCUGCACCCACUGUACUCACGGGGGGUCAUGUCUCCGGGGCGCCACGUCAGAACCCGUCUCUAUUUCACCAGCGAAAGCCACGUCCACUCACUGCUCAGCAUCUUCCGCUACGGGGGAUUACUGGAUGAAGUGAAGGACCAGCAGUGGAAACAGGCCAUGGAUUACCUCAGUGCCGUCUCUGAACUCAACUACAUGACCCAGAUAGUCAUCAUGCUGUAUGAGGAUAACAACAAGGACCCCAGCUCAGAGGAGCGUUUCCACGUGGAGCUCCACUUCAGUCCCGGGGUGAAGGGCUGUGAGGACGAGGAGAACGUCCCUCUGGGCUUUGGCUUCCGCCCAGCCUCCGCUGAGAACCAGGAGAAGCAGACCAACCAAGGCAGUCUGGAGGACCUAUCACAGGACGAGACUGACCAGGCCCUGUCGCUCUCUGAGCCAAUCGGCAUCAAAAGAUCCCCCAUGAUCCGCAACCGCAAGACUGGCUCCAUGGAGGUCCUCUCCGAGACCUUGCCCACCUCCUCCAAGGGCACCUCCUAUCGCCUCUUCCCCUCAUGCUCGUGCCAGUCCCCCGAGAUUAAACAGACUGGCCUAGGCUUUGAAGGCUGCUCCAUGGUGCCCUCUAUCUACCCGCUGGAGACGUUGCACAACUCGCUGUCCCUCAAGCAGGUGGACAAGUUCCUCAAUGCCGUAUGUGAGCACAGCAGCGAUGCCCACGCCAAGACCAUGAAAGCUCUCUCUGCCUUGUUCGACACGUCGAGUCAGGGGUACGGCCAAACACACAUCUACCCCCCUCACCGAAAGCCCUGUCCUCCUCAGAAACUCCUGUCCGGCCCCCCGAAUACCCACUAUGGUACAGCAGUGGCCCCUCUAGCACAGUGUUCAGUGAUGGGCCCCCCUCCCCCACCUCAGUGAACCCAGACAUACAUUUCAGCUUCAGUGAGUAGACCACAGCCCCCUCACCGGAUCCCACACAGAAACUAGAGGACACCACAACACCUGGAUCCACUCCCUAUUAAUCCAUCCACCCACCCAUCUAUUCAUCCAUCCACCCACCCAUCCAUCCACCCAGCCAUUCAUCCAUCCACACUGUGACUUCUACCUGCCUGUGAGUGCUUUCAAACUAAUCACAGUCACAUACAGUGCUGGACCCAGUGUGGACAAAAACAAACCAAAACCCACUGGCCCCUCCCAUCAGGCGGAUGUGUGUCCAACCAACACUCUGCCCCAGUUGAGCGACAGCGAGGGGAGCCUAUCCCCAGGUUCCUUUGCAGUGUAUAGACGGGCCUGAGGCUGGACUCAUCCCUGCUGUCUGUCCUGGAGUCAGACUGCUGUCCUGCCGUCUGUCCUGGAUUCAGACUGCUGUCCUGGAUUCAGACUGCUGUCCUUCCGUCUGUCCUGGAUUCAGACUGCUGUCCUGCCGUCUGUCCUGGAUUCAGACUGCUGUCCUGCCGUCUGUCCUGGAUUCAGACUGCUGUCCUGGAUUCAGACUGCUGUCCUGCCGUCUGUCCUGGAUUCAGACUGUUGUCCUGCCGUCUGUCCUGGAUUCAGACUGUUGUCCUGCCGUCUGUCCUGGAGUCAGACUGCUGUCCUGCCGUCUGUCCUGGAGUCAGACUGCUGUCCUGCCGUCUGUCCUGGAUUCAGACUGUUGUCCUGCCGUCUGUCCUGGAUUCAGACUGCUGUCCUGCCGUCUGUCCUGGAUUCAGACUGCUGUCCUGGAUUCAGACUGCUGUCCUGCCGUCUGUCCUGGAUUCAGACUGCUGUCCUGCCGUCUGUCCUGGAUUCAGACUGCUGUCCUUCCGUCUGUCCUGGAGUCAGACUGUUGUCCUGCUGUCUGUCCUGGAUUCAGACUUUGGCUUCUGAUUAGAGACGAUGGGAGAAACAGGAGCUGAGUAUUGCCAUGCUUCAUCAAAAUCCUAUUCUAUAUGGAACUGCACACACAGAAUGUGGCGCUGUAUGAGUAGCUCCUUUCUCAGAGGAGGGAGGCGGGUUCAGAAUAUUCUGCCUUUUGAAUCAUGGCUGACCAUAUUCUUUGGAACACAGAGAUAGUUGAGCCAGUUGAUCAAAUAUGGACUACUUUGUCCAGUUUUGUUGGUGUUGUCCCUUUUGGUACACUGUUUGAGUUCCCGUACUUUACAUGAUUUUGGGGGAAAGGGUACAAUACAAUGGGGAUACUGUUUCCUGUCAUUGUCUACACAUCAUUUUAAUACCACUUUGUCGCAAAAUAACAACUAAUUCUAUACACAUACUGGUUAUGUUUUAAGUGUAAAAUAUAUUUCAUAUACCUCUUUCAACCUACCAAACAUAUGCCUCAACUCCCUUACAACGAGAAUCAGUGUUACUGAAUAUAUGUUUUGGUGUUUCAAGGGUAAACCACUUCUGAGGAAGUAGCUGUCUUUUAGGCUACUGCAGUCUGUACUGGAUCCUCCUACUAGUUUAAACAUGUCUGCUGUCUUUUAGGCUACUGCAGUCUGUACUGGAUCCUCCUACUAGUUUAAACAUGUCUGCUGUCUUUUAGGCUACUGAAGUCUGUACUGGAUCCUCCUACUAGUUUAAACAUGUCUGCUGUCUUUUAGGCUACUGCAGUAUGUACUGGAUCCUCCUACUAGUUUAAACAUGUCUGCUGUCUUUUAGGCUACUGCAGUCUGUACUGGAUCCUCCUACUAGUUUAAACAUGUCUGCUGUCUUUUAGGCUACUGCAGUCUGUACUGGAUCCUCCUACUAGUUUAAACAUGUCUGCUGUCUUUUAGGCUACUGCAGUAUGUACUGGAUCCUCCUACUAGUUUAAACAUGUCUGCUGUCUUUUAGGCUACUGCAGUCUGUACUGGAUCCUCCUACUAGUUUAAACAUGUCUGCUGUCUUUUAGGCUACUGCAGUCUGUACUGGAUCCUCCUACUAGUUUAAACAUGUCUGCUGUCUUUUAGGCUACUGCAGUCUGUACUGGAUCCUCCUACUAGUUUAAACAUGUCUGCUGUCUUUUAGGCUACUGCAGUCUGUACUGGAUCCUCCUACUAGUUUAAACAUGUCUGCUGUCUUUUAGGCUACUGCAGUCUGUACUGGAUCCUCCUACUAGUUUAAACAUGUCUGCUGUCUUUUAGGCUACUGCAGUAUGUACUGGAUCCUCCUACUAGUUUAAACAUGUCUGCUGUCUUUUAGGCUACUGCAGUCUGUACUGGAUCCUCCUACUAGUUUAAACAUGUCUGCUGUCUUUUAGGCUACUGCAGUAUGUACUGGAUCCUCCUACUAGUUUAAACAUGUCUGCUGUCUUUUAGGCUACUGCAGUCUGUACUGGAUCCUCCUACUAGUUUAAACAUGUCUGCUGUCUUUUAGGCUACUGCAGUAUGUACUGGAUCCUCCUACUAGUUUAAACAUGUCUGCUGUCUUUUAGGCUACUGCAGUAUGUACUGGAUCCUCCUACUAGUUUAAACAUGUCUGCUGUCUUUUAGGCUACUGCAGUCUGUACUGGAUCCUCCUACUAGUUUAAACAUGUCUGCUGUCUUUUAGGCUACUGCAGUCUGUACUGGAUCCUCCUACUAGUUUAAACAUGUCUGCUGUCUUGCCAAAGUUACGUUUUUAAUAUUAAUUUAAACGAUUCUGUAUCAUAUGUUGUAAUACAUAUUAUUUUGUCAUCUGUGUUGUUCCUGAGACGAUUGUAAAGUUAUAUUGAAUAUGUAAUUAGGGCAAAAAAAUAUAUAUUUUUAGAUGGGAGGGAUACAUUGAAUCGUUUUAACAAAAACAUAUGGUUACGAACACAAUUUACAUACAAUUUUUAUUUUAUUUUGUUCUUGUACAGUGCCAUUACAUUCUUGACAUAAUUCUUAGAAUUGUAAACCUAAAACGUUUCAAUAGAUUAUGAAGAGAG